AAUUCAGCUUAGGGAACCACCAGCGUGGGACGAUGCAAGCCCACGAGCUGUUCCGGUAUUUUCGAAUGCCAGAGCUGGCUGACUUCCGACAGUACGUCCGCACCCUGCCGACCAACACGCUCAUGGGCUUUGGAGCUUUUGCAGCCCUCACCACCUUCUGGUACGCCACGAGGCCCAAAGCCCUGAAGCCGCCAUGCGACCUCUCCAUGCAGUCUGUGGAGGUGGCGGGUAGCGAUGGUGCUCGGAGAUCCCCACUGCUGGAUAGCGAUGAGCCCUUGGUGUGUUUCUACGAUGAUGUCACAACCUUGUACGAAGGCUUCCAGAGGGGUAUACAGGUGUCAAAUAAUGGCCCUUGUUUAGGCUCUCGGAAGCCAGACCAACCCUAUGAAUGGCUUUCAUACAAACAGGUUGCAGAGAUGUCCGAGUGUGUGGGCUCAGCACUCAUCCAGAAGGGCUUCAAGGCUGCCCCGGAUCAGUUCAUUGGCAUCUUCGCUCAGAACAGACCUGAGUGGGUGAUCAUUGAACAGGGAUGCUUUGCUUACUCUAUGGUGGUCGUUCCCCUCUACGAUACGCUUGGAAUGGAAGCAAUCACCUACAUAGUCAACAAAGCUGAACUCUCUCUGGUUUUUGUUGACAAGCCAGAGAAGGCCAACCUCUUAUUAGAUGGUGUGGAAAAUAAGUUAACACCAGGCCUUAAAAUCAUCGUCCUCAUGGACUCCUAUGGCAUCGAUCUGUUGGAUCGAGGCAAAAGGUGUGGCGUGGAAAUCAUCAGUAUGAAGGCGAUGGAGGACCUGGGAAGAGCCAACAGACAGAGGCCUAAGCCUCCAGCACCUGAAGAUCUCGCGGUCGUUUGUUUCACCAGUGGGACUACGGGCAACCCCAAAGGAGCAUUGAUCACGCAUCGAAAUAUAGUGAGCGAUUGUUCAGCUUUUGUGAAAAUCACAGAGAGCACAGUCAAUCCUUCCCCAGAUGAUACGUUGAUAUCUUUCUUGCCUCUCGCCCAUAUGUUUGAAAGAGUUGUAGAGUGUGUGAUGCUGUGUCAUGGAGCUAAAAUAGGAUUUUUCCAAGGAGAUAUCAGGCUGCUCAUGGAUGACCUCAAGGUUCUUCAACCCACAGUCUUCCCUGUGGUCCCCAGACUGCUGAACCGGAUGUUUGACCGAAUUUUUGGGCAGGCAAACACCACCCUGAAGCGAUGGCUGCUGGACUUCGCCUCCAAGAGGAAGGAGGCAGAGCUUCGCAGCGGUAUCAUCAGGAACAACAGCCUGUGGGAUAGACUGAUCUUCCACAAGAUACAGUCGAGCCUGGGAGGAAAAGUCAGGCUGAUGGUCACAGGAGCUGCGCCCGUAUCCGCCACUGUGCUGACGUUUCUGAGAGCAGCGCUCGGCUGUCAGUUUUAUGAAGGCUACGGACAGACCGAGUGUACCGCUGGCUGCUGCCUGACCAUGCCUGGAGACUGGACAGCAGGCCAUGUUGGUGCCCCAAUGCCUUGCAACCUUAUAAAACUUGUAGAUGUGGAAGAAAUGAACUACUUGGCUUCCAAGGGUGAGGGUGAGGUGUGUGUGAAGGGGCCAAAUGUAUUUAAAGGCUACUUGAAGGACCCAGCAAAAACAGCAGAAGUUCUGGACAAAGACGGCUGGUUACACACGGGGGACAUUGGAAAGUGGCUUCCAAAUGGCACCUUGAAGAUCAUUGACAGGAAGAAGCACAUCUUUAAACUGGCACAGGGAGAAUACAUAGCACCUGAGAAGAUCGAGAACAUCUACCUGCGAAGUGAACCUGUCGCUCAGGUGUUUGUCCACGGAGAAAGCUUGCAGGCAUUUCUCAUAGCAAUUGUGGUACCAGAUGUUGAGACAUUAUGUUCCUGGGCCCGAAAGAAAGGAUUUGAAGGCUCCUUUGAGGAACUGUGCAGGAACAAGGACGUCAAAAAAGCCAUCCUGGAAGACAUGGUGAGGCUUGGGAAGGAUUCUGGCCUGAAACCAUUUGAACAGGUCAAAGGUAUUAGUCUCCACCCUGAAUUAUUUUCUAUUGACAACGGGCUCCUGACCCCAACGAUGAAGGCGAAACGGCCGGAGCUUCGGAAUUAUUUCAGGUCACAGAUAGAUGAACUUUAUUCCACCAUUAAAGUGUAAUGCGAGGAAGAAACCCAGGCCUCCACAGUCCCUGCUUAUGGCCUUCACGUUGGUGAUUUUGACUAGAGCGUGCGUAGGAAAGGGAGCGUCCGUGUUUGACUUGUGUAUUUGGGGUUCUCGUCAUAGGAAUAUUGGAGGAAACGGAACACUGCCUUACAGUCAACUCCUGUUGCAGACCAUGUUUAUGGUGAUACACAAUUUCCAAAAUGAGCCUUAAAAUCGUAAAGGGGAGACUACCCAUGUGCUAAGUUAUUUGAGACUUCCUCAGUUAAAAAAGGGGGGGGUGGAAACUUCUAUCUCCCUGUUUUUCUAACCAAGGGAUGAGGACUUGGCUAUUUCUGGGAUGUCUGCUACUUGCUGCAAAUUUUGCAGCUGUCCGCUGCUCUGCAAAGUACCGUGCACUGGAGGGAAGCUGUCCCUUAAAAACAAGAACUGUCCCAGCUGGAGAACAUCACAAGUGGACCAGAGAUUCUUUUUUGACCCCUUCCUCCUUCCCUUCCCCGCUUUACACGGCUCUCUGAUGAGCCUUCUGCAGCUGGGACCCAGAGCGGCUGUGCUUCUCUGCAGUCCCUGUUGUCCUGUGGGAGCAGAAGCUUCCCGGCGAAGAAGAGAACAGAUCCAACGCAGACAGCACAGACCUUGCGUCUUGGAUGAAUGGCUGCUCACCCGAGCGAGUGGAUUCUGGCGCCCAGGGAGCAGAACGUUCUCAGACCCUCUCUCCAGAGCCGAUUCCCUCCCCACCAUCCUUUCCAGGGUUUAUGAAACAAUCUGCCUUAGACUCUGCAGUGAAGACAAGCAUUUCAAGAAGGAAAUAAUUACCUGGAUCAACCUUGCUCAACUGUGACGCCUAACGAACUGGCCCCUUUAUCUUCGCCGAACCAGUCAUUCUUUGUGAUGGCCAAUGGAUUUUUAAUGUGAUUUUCAUAUCAAAAGAUUGAGUUGUGAUUAACUGGCUUUUUCCACCCCCAAAUAAAUUCUCAGGCAGGGCAUGUCUUUAAACCUAUUAAGGGAAUAGCUAUACUUGGGUACUUACUGCAAUGGACAGUAAUAAACAAAAAUGCUCUUAUCAUGCUACCUGAUUUUUAUGAAAUGUGUUUGACAAGCCAAAAUCCUAGGAUGUAGAAAUCUGGAAAACUCAUUUUCUGGGAUUAACUUCUCAAGGGAUCUUUUUUUUAAAAAAAGCUAAUUUGGGAAAUUAGCUGCAUUUCACUUUACUGCAAAUCUUUGCCACGUGUGACUGAAUUAAGUUGUCAUUUAUACACUGAAAGAAGUUGGUUUUGGGUUUGUGAGAGUACAUGUAUUAUACAAGCACAACAGGGCUGGCACUAAAGAAUGGCCAUCGUAGUAACACUAUUUGGUAGCCUAACUUCAUAUAUGUAUUCUUAAUUGCAGAAAAAGUCAAUAAUUUGUCACUUUGGGGUUUUGAAUGUUUGCUUUAAGUGUUGGCUAUUUCUAUGUUUUAUAAACCAAAACAGAAUUUCCAAAAACAAUGAAGGAAACCAAAAUAAAUAUUUCUGCAUUUCAAGUGA